CAAGUAUAUAGAUCAAAUCAAUAGCAAUUUUGCCACAACUCAACUAGAACAGAACACCAGAUCUGCUUUGGGCACCGGGGCAUUUGGUGCACCUUGGAUAGUUGUCCAUAAGGACGGUGACGAGCACGCGUUCUUUGGUUCCGAUCGACUUCAUCUAAUCGCUCACCUCAUUGGACAGAAAUUUACCGACGGUCUUACGCAGUACUCCAAAUUGUAA